CUGGCGAGAAAGUUACCUGUGGCCGCCCAAGUCCGCCACUUUCUGCUCUGUGUCUGCCCAUUGCCACGAUCCAGGAGGACUCCGCGCCGCCCGGCCGCCUCCGAGCUCGGGCCCCAUGUGAGGGGCCCUCCCCUAUCCCACCUUUCCGGCUAGGUGAGGGCGCGAGCGGGCGAGCGAGCGAGAGUGGUGAGGGGGGACGGAAAAGCAGAAUUACCUGUAGCUCUUGUUCUGCCAUCUCGGGCGCUCUCACACACCUUCACCUGCACAGACUUGAAAGUCCAGUUUCACCAGAGGCUGAGGCUCCAGGAAAAGGGGAGCGAGUUCAUUGGAUCAAACAUGUCACAAGAGUCGGACAAUAAUAAAAGACUAGUGGCCUUAGUGCCCAUGCCCAGUGACCCUCCGUUCAAUACCCGAAGAGCCUACACCAGUGAGGAUGAAGCCUGGAAGUCGUACUUGGAGAAUCCCUUGACAGCAGCCACCAAGGCGAUGAUGAGCAUUAAUGGUGACGAGGACAGUGCUGCUGCCCUCGGGCUGCUCUACGACUACUACAAGGUUCCUCGAGACAAGAGGCUGCUGUCUGUGAGCAAAGCAAGUGACAGCCAAGAAGACCAGGAUAAAAGAAACUGUCUUGGCACCAGUGAAGCCCAGAGUAAUCUGAGCGGAGGAGAGAACCGAGUGCAGGUCCUAAAGACUGUUCCGGUGAACCUCUCCCUAAAUCAAGACCACCUGGAGAACUGCAAGCGGGAACAGUACAGCGCCAGCGUCCCCGAGAGCCCGGCCAUCAUCCCGGUGUCGGGGAUCACCGUGGUGAAGGCCGAAGACUUCACGCCGGUUUUCAUGGCCCCGCCUGUGCACUACACCCGGGGAGACGGGGAGGAGCAGCGAGUGGUCAUCUUUGAACCGACGCCGUAUGACGUGCCCUCCGCGGCCGCCCACGGCGCCUACCUCAAGGAGGACCAGCGCAGCACGCCGGACAGCACCUACGGCGAGGGCUUCAAGGACGCAGCCGCAGAGAAAUUUCGGAGUGUUUCCGUUGGGGCUGAGGAGUACAUGUAUGACCAGACAUCCAGUGGCACGUUUCAGUACACCCUGGAAGCCACCAAAUCUCUCCGUCAGAAGCAGGGGGAGGGCCCCAUGACCUACCUCAACAAAGGACAGUUCUAUGCUAUAACGCUCAGCGAGACCGGAGACAACAAAUGCUUCCGGCACCCCAUCAGCAAAGUCCGGAGUGUGGUGAUGGUGGUCUUCAGUGAAGACAAAAACCGAGAUGAGCAGCUUAAAUACUGGAAGUACUGGCACUCUCGGCAGCAUACGGCGAAGCAGAGGGUCCUCGACAUUGCUGAUUACAAGGAGAGCUUUAAUACGAUCGGAAACAUUGAAGAGAUUGCAUAUAAUGCUGUUUCCUUUACCUGGGAUGUGAACGAAGAGGCUAAGAUUUUCAUCACCGUGAAUUGCCUGAGUACAGAUUUCUCCUCCCAAAAAGGGGUGAAAGGACUUCCCUUGAUGAUUCAGAUUGACACAUACAGUUAUAAUAAUCGUAGCAAUAAACCCAUUCAUAGAGCUUAUUGCCAGAUCAAGGUCUUCUGCGACAAAGGAGCAGAAAGAAAAAUCAGAGACGAAGAGAGGAAGCAGAACAGGAAGAAAGGAAAAGGCCAGGCCUCCCAAACCCAAUGCAAUAACUCCUCUGAUGGGAAGUUGGCUGCCAUACCCUUACAGAAGAAGAGUGACAUCACCUACUUCAAAACCAUGCCCGAUCUGCACUCACAGCCUGUUCUCUUCAUACCUGACGUUCACUUCGCAAACCUGCAGAGGACCGGACAGGUGUAUUACAACACGGAUGAUGAACGAGAAGGUGUCCUGGUUAAGCGGAUGUUCAGGCCCAUGGAAGAGGAGUUUGGUCCAGCACCUUCUAAGCAGAUGAAAGAAGAAGGGAUGAAGCGAGUGCUGCUGUACGUGAGGAAGGAGACUGACGAUGUGUUUGAUGCUCUGAUGUUGAAGUCGCCCACGGUGAAGGGGCUGAUGGAAGCGAUAUCUGAGAAAUAUGGGCUGCCUGUGGAGAAGAUAGCAAAGCUUUACAAGAAAAGCAAAAAAGGCAUCUUGGUGAACAUGGACGACAACAUCAUCGAGCACUACUCGAAUGAGGACACCUUCAUCCUCAACAUGGAGAGCAUGGUGGAAGGCUUCAAGAUCACGCUCAUGGAAAUCUGAGCCCGGGGUUGGCACCCCCUUGGCAGGAGCUCACAGUGCAUUCCCCCCUGGGAGAGAUGGAGGCCCCGGACCCCAGAAACCCAUCUCGCCCCUCUCACGACUGCUGUUACAAGACUGCACAGGCCCCACUGACCGCCAGUGUGCUUGGCCCAUCCACCAGCUCCUACCACAGACCUGAAGCCUGAGCCCCUCAGGAAGAUGCCUUGGGCCUGGUGGAUUCUUAUUUAUUGCCCACCUUUUUCCAGAGCCCGGGGUCCAGGCCCGCCAGGACUCUGCGAGUCACUGCUGGCUCCAAGUGAGACCGUCCAGAGUUCCCUGUGUAGGAGAAGCACUCCUUCCGAAGAGCCUGAAACAUUCUCAUCCCAUUUUCUCACCUCUCCACAUCCCCUGAGUGGCUGGACAAAAUGAGCUACUUCCCUGUGCAGUAGUCACAGGUGGGGUAAGAGGUAGACGCCCCCUACUGGUCAAAACCUUCAGGCUGCUUGGAGAAGGUUGUCUUGCUAAAUACCUCCAGGGGUUCCCGGCGGCGAGUGGCCACCAGGCCUUGUACAGGAAGACAUUGAGCUACCAUGUAAUUAGUAACUAACACAGGACGUAUGCCUGACUCGCAUGUACAUAGUGUUUAUAAUAUUGCAAUAAUAUAUUUUACCUGUGGUAUGUGGGCGUGUUUACUGCCCCUGGCCUAGGGGAGGCACAUACCUGGAGACUCCGUUCUCUGUAAGGAGUUUCGGCCUCUGUGCCUGCUGAGGAGACAUGCUGCGCAAGGGAAGGGGUGUCAGGUGGCUGCAACGGGUGCCAAGAUGGACUCUCCAGCAGGUAUGCCUAGGGACGCGUCCCCUGUCCCCAGAGAAGCCUCCUCUCCCUCUCCAUGGGCUCGACUCUCCCCAAGGCCACCAUGUGCAUAUCAUGCUGAUUUGCUUUGCUUGACUCUUCCUUUGAGCUGUCGCGUGGGAAAGGUCAUAUUGUCCCUGCUCCUUCUCAGCUUGGGCAUCAGGCACUGCCUGCGCUUUCCAGAGAGGCUCUGUAGGGGUUUUGUCAUCAGGCGCCUGUCGCUGGGGCCUGCUGCAGGCUAUCCUGAGAACCCGGGACACUGUGUAGCGCCUCACAGUUUACAAGCAUGUCCUUCAUCUCACGUGGCCCCUUAAACGCCCAACUGCGGUUCUGAGAGCCGUGCCAACAGCGCAGCUCUGAACCGGCAGGCCAGGCCUUCCUCGCGGGCCUCAGGACGGACAGAGAGGAUUAUCUGCCUGGCUUUGGGUGCUGGGCUUUCAGGAGGAGAGUGAGCGAGAAUGCACCGUGAGCCCUGGCCCCUCGGAAUCCUGCCUCACACAGGAGGAGAGGGGGAAGAGAGGGCUGCGUCCUCCUGCUCCUGGGAGAUGAAGAGGAGAAAGACACUCCCCUAAACAAUCACGGGAGAUGAACUGUGUGGGCCAUGUUCUCUCUGAGGGGACAGGUAGGUGGUUUAGGGGUCUGCAGUCACCCUUGCAGGCUGGAGCACUAGCUUUUUGGUAGCCAGACACAUUCUGCACCCAAGGCCCCAGCUCUAGGGUGGGUUCCACGAGAUUUGUUUGUAAAGCACUUUGUGUCUCACCUGGAGGCCCUUCUCUCAGGGCUCCCCGUGCUCCCCCGUCUGCCCCUGAGGUCCAGAGCAGGAUGGGGGGGGCUGCUUCUAGCUUAGCCGUUUCCCCUUGAGGCUGCAGAGGAAUUGGAUGGAACAGAGAGCAGGUGCUGUGCCCAAGAAGAUCCCUGCAUGGUGGUAAGGGGGUGCCCUCCCGUGUGUCCUCUGUGGCACCCCUUCCUGAGGUGCCCAAGGUUUGCAUCCCGUAUUCAGCUCUGCUCCAGGCUGUCCCCUCCUCUGUGCCGACAGCCGUACCCUGGGCCACCCUGGGUACCAGUGGGGCUGUGUUCUAAGAUGGACAAGUUCAGUGUUGGAAAUACAUAUGUACUAUGCACUUCCCGCGCUCCUUGGGUUAGGAACAGCGAUUGGCAGAUGUAGCAGCACAUACUACUGGGCUGGGGGCUAGGACUCCAGAGUAGGGAAAAGACAAAAGUUUUGGCAGCCUGACCCAGGCUAGCCACCCUUCUCUCUCCAGCCUCUUUGGAAAGCUGUUUGUUGGUCCUGCCCCAAGGCAGAUGAAGCAGAGAUGGUUUUGCAUUUGUCCUAAGUCCCUGAGCAAUCACUGUGGCGACCAUUGCCAGAACAAAGGAUAUGAGGCAAGUGCCACCGAAGGGUGGUGCAGAGUGCCACGUCCCUUCUGACCUGUUCCCGUCUGCAUUCCCGGAGCGCCCUUGGCUCAGCUUUGAGGUGUCCUGCGUUGUGUACUAGCAGAGCUUUGAUGAGCAAAAUAUCCCGAGCAAAAACACUCCAGGAAGAUUGGAGAGCUUGCCUCCUCUUCCUUGUUGUCCCUUAACUUAAUCACACUCAAAUAAAUAAGCUUUUUCUUUUUUAAAUCCAUGGGAGACGGGGGACAUGUGAAGCAAGUGUUUGUCUUACACAUCCCCAAAUUGUUCAGACUUUACAGGUGUUCGGAAAUUGGGACCAACAGAAAAUUGCAGUCAGAUGUCUUCUUGGAAUUGGUUCCCAAAAGACUAAGGCACGUCCCAGCCCAGAAACUUAGGAAGCGUGAAAUGAAUCAAACAUUUAUUUUCCUUCUUAUUUAAAAUCAUGAAAAUGCAACAGAAAUAGAGGGUUUGUGCCAAAUUCUAUGAACAGCCCUUUCUUAAAGACAAGCAAGGGAGAUUGAUGUAUGUACAAUUUGCUCUCCUGUUAAAAAAAGAAAAGGUAAAUGUAACUUAAUAGUUUUGUAAAUGGGAGAUGGGGAAUCUAUAAACUAUAAAUACAGUUAUUUUAUUUUUUGUACAUUUUUAAGAAAAAAAUAAAUAUUCAUAACAGAAGACUAAA